AUGCACACUUUAAGAAUACUCGUUCUCACGCUCUUCUUCGCGACGGCUUUCGGUUUCAAUUUUGGGCAAAACUCAGUUUUCGGAACGAUCAAAUCGGGUUUGGAGAAAGCCGGGAAGAUGUUGGGAUUGGAUAGGGCUAGCGGCGUAGCGCAGUUAGUUUCAAACGCGUUCAGCAAAAAUUCCAGAAAAGGAGAAACUAAUCAAAAGGAUACCAUAUUCUCAGGAUUUUUACGAAUCUUAGGAUUGGACAACAAGAGGAUCGGGGCUAUAGCAGUGAACGCUAUAAUCUUCAUGGCACAAUUGAUUAGCACUUCGUUAUCGAAAGCGCCUCCGGCAUACAUAACUAGCCAAAGACGCGAUUUAGAUGAAUCUCCUUUAGAUUGGAUGUUGAGUAAUCCGGAAGUGGAGAAGAUGUUACCUCAUGCAAGCAACGGUAAUCUUCCCCAUCAUAUCGUAGAAUUUCUUCGGGAAGGACCGGCGCGGGAUUCCACCGGAUGUCUUCAACUGCUGAUCUGCAAAGGAGCGCCUUUCGUUUGGGGAAUGCAAAGGGCGAUCAACGCUAAAGGAAAGGAUGUUAAACGAGGCUUCAGUGCUUUAACCGAUUACAUUCCAAGCUUGGAACAGGUUGCCGAACACGGGGACGAAUGCGAAAUCAAACACCCUUACUGUAUUAUAAACAUCUAA